CGAUGAGGGCUGGGGAGCCGAAGGUGGAGAUGCACCAGGGCGUGUAGAGGCGGUCGAGGUGAAGAGACAGAGAAUGAGAGGCGUGGUCACGAUGGGGUAACGACAGAAGGAUGUAAUACCCUCAAGAACGAAUCAUGGGUUAUGGAAAUGGAUGGAGCUAUUGGGAGCACGAACGAUCAUCGAGACUGGAGCUCAACGAUGAUGCAUUGCGGUGGGAGGUGUUAUUGGUCGCGGGCUAUCCCCUUCUACUACUCGGACUACGUGGACUACUCACACAAACGUGCUGGAGGAGUAAUAGGGGCUUUCUUGUUCAUUUGAUUGCUUUUUUUAACAGAGUCCUACACCGUUCGUCCGCUGCGUGGUAGUACAAUAGUAUGAUAAUGGUCAGAUCUUUUUCCUCC